GGGCGGAAAAGGCGGCUCCGGGCCGUCGGCCCCUACCACUACGAUCGGGGGCGUAGGGGGUGUCAGCUGCCGACGCCACCGCCUUGCACUGCCCGGCUGCCCCGGUGACCGGAGGCAGCCGGUAGCCCCGCACGGGUGACAGCGCUUCCAGCCCUUUCCGGAGCCCGCGGCCCGUCGCGGUCCCCCCUUCCUGGACGGGUGGUUGCGCCCGGGCGAGGCCGGCCUGGCGGGGGCAGCCGCCAGCCGAAGAUGGCGUUUCCUGGGCAGCCGGCGCCCUGCGGCGGUUUCUACCAGGGCGGGUACGGAGGAGCUCCAGGAGGACCGGCAUUCCCUGGACAAGCUCAGGAUCCUUUAUAUGGUUAUUUUGCUGCAGUAGCAGGGCAGGAUGGACAAAUAGAUGCUGAUGAGCUACAGAGAUGUCUCACCCAGUCAGGGAUUGCAGGAGCAUAUAAACCUUUCAACUUAGAGACUUGCAGACUCAUGAUCUCAAUGCUGGAUAGGGAUAUGUCUGGCACAAUGGGAUUUAAUGAGUUUAAAGAACUCUGGGCUGUGGUCAAUGGCUGGAAGCAACACUUCAUGAGUUUUGACAGCGAUAGUAGUGGUACAGUGGAUCGUCAAGAACUGGAGAAAGCCUUGAUGAAUAUGGGAUUUAGACUGAGCCCACAGGCAGUGACUGCAAUCACAAGGCGAUACAGCACUCACGGAAAGAUUACAUUUGAUGAUUACAUUUCCUGCUGUGUGAAACUGAGAGCUCUCACUGAAUGUUUUAGAAGAAGGGAUACAUCUCAGCAGGGUUUUGUGAACUUCCAGUAUGAUGAUUUCAUACAGUGUGUUAUGAGCAUCUAAAUCAAAAAGAAGCAAGCCGGGGAUGAUCAUGAUUAACAUUCCAAUCUGUGUUUUGCUUUGCCAAAUCUUCCAAUGAUUGUGUAUCUCCUUAUUGGAAAUGGCAUAUUUUGUGAAGGUAUCACUUUACAUACUUGCAUUUUUUUUAGUUUUGACAAUGAAUAUAAUCUACUAGUGUACUGUUGUCUUUUAAUUUCCAACCUGUGACUUAAAGAUGUUUUUAUUUUCAUAAACUUGCAAUUCACUCUGUAUAAUUCAAACUAUGCAGAUACUGUAAUGUGUUUAAUUUCUUCCUGUGAUUCACUAAAACCAGUUUUUGGAGUGCAGCUUAACUUUUUCUAUCUUAAACAGUGUCAUGCAUAUGACAUAAGAUGAUACAUGCUCUUUUGUCUUUGACAGCAUAAGACAGAUGUACAAACUGAAAGAGCUUUUGGAAUGGUCAUUUUAUGCUGAUCUGGUAGAAGAUCAGUAAGUUUGGGCUGCAUAUUUUUGACAGUGAGCUAUUUUAAAGAUGGAAGUCUGUGACACCAUGCAGAGUGUAAGACUACCUGUUAGAACUUCUCAUAAACCAAAACCUCUUCUAGGAGUGUGCUUUUGUAUAGGGGACUUUUGUUCCAGUAACAUGCUUGCUCUGUUUGUGUCACUAUAUAAAACGCUUUUAAACAUACAAAA